UUAUUGAUAUUUAUAUUAUUUAAUAUAUUUUUCUUUUAUAAUAGGUACAACUAUUGGACAGUUGAUCAGGCUACUAAAGGAUGCAGGUGCUAAAGAAGUGCAUAUAAGAAUCGCAUCCCCGCCCCUCCAUUUUCCUUGUUAUAUGGGAAUCAAUAUCCCAACUAAAGAGGAAUUGGUGGCCAAUCACCUAAAAGCUGAACAAUUGGCGCAAACACUAGGGGCCGCUUCUCUCGUGUAUCUGUCGGUCGAUGGCCUGAAAAAGUCGGUUCAGUCAGGAAUUAAGGAGCAAUUACUGAAAGAGGACCCAAACUAUGAGGAGGACGUUAUGGCCGAAAGGAUUGGUCACUGCACGGCUUGCCUCACCGGCCAAUAUCCGGUCAAAUUGAACUUUUAAAUCAUUAAUCUAUUAUUGUAGUAAAC